UGGAGCAUUUUAACAACUGUUUAUCUGAUUUACCGUGUCAGUGUGUUCCCUCUUCAGAGGCAGACGGUUGAGAAGUUGUGCUGGAUUUCUCUGUCAGAUAGAAUGGAAAACUGGGAUGCGUCGGUCUUAUCGAAGAAAAAAGUGCCAUUGCCCAAGGAAGUCAACUUUCGACCUACACAGUGUUUUACAAAGACUCUUGGAAGUGGUAUGAAGGUCACUGGGGGAGAGAGAACAGUGCCUUUCGGGAAGAUUUAAAGAGACAGAGGAAAGGAAGAACUGUGGACAACUAGUAAUCUUUUUUACCAAAGGUGAUGGAUGAAAAGCCCCGUGAGGAUCGUCGGCCUUUAACUGCAAGUAACCAGUACCCCAAAGAAGUCGUGAGAAAACGGCAGAAUUCCGGACGCAGUUCCAAGGGGACCGAUUCAUCCAGGCUGUCCAGAAAAAGCUUCCGCCUGGAUUAUAGAUUGGAGGAAGAUGUAACUAAGUCAAAGAAAGGAAAAGAUGGGAGAUUUAUCAACCCUUGGCCAACCUGGAAGUACCCCACUCUUCCCAAUAUUUUAAAAUGGGCAGUUAUGGAGAAAAACCACAGCAGUGUUCCAAGUUCCAAAGAGGAACUGGACAAGGAGCUUCCCGUGCUGCCCCCGUACUUCGUGGAGCACCCCGAGCUAGCCGGGACGAAGAGGGGCGGGCUGCGGGUGACGUGGCUGGGGCACGCCACGCUGCUGGUGGAGAUGGACGAGCUGACCCUCCUCACCGACCCCAUCUUCAGCCGGAGGGCGUCCCCGGCCCGGUUGCUGGGGCCCAAGCGGUUCCGAGGGCCCCCGUGCUCCGUGGGCCAGCUCCCCCGGGUCGACGCGGUCCUCAUCAGCCACGACCACUACGACCACCUGGACCGCCGCACCGUGCUGGCCCUGAACGAGCGCUUCGGCGGGGAGCUGCGCUGGUUCGUCCCGCUGGGCCUCCUGGCCUGGAUGCAGAGGCGAGGCUGCGAGAACGUGAUCGAGCUGGACUGGUGGGAGGAGAACUGCGUCCCUGGCCACGACGACGUGACCUUCGUCUUCACGCCCUCCCAGCACUGGUGCAAGAGGACGCUGACCGACGACAACAGGAUUCUCUGGGGCGGCUGGGCCGUCUUGGGGCCCUGGAGCCGUUUUUUCUUUGCGGGGGACACGGGGUAUUGUGCGGCUUUUGAGCAGAUUGGAAAGCGGUACGGGCCUUUCGAUCUUGCUGCUAUCCCCAUUGGAGCCUAUGAACCACGGUGGUUUAUGAAAUACCAGCAUGUGGACCCAGAAGAGGCCGUGAGGAUUCACAUUGACGUUCAAAGCAAGAAGUCGGUUGCGAUUCACUGGGGAACUUUUGCUUUAGCAAAUGAGUAUUACCUGGAUCCCCCGGCAAAGCUGAGCGAAGCCCUAGAAAGGUAUGGACUUAAAACCGAAGACUUCUUCGUCUUGAAGCACGGAGAAUCCAGAGACUUAAAUGUGGACGCCGACGCCUUUGAAUGAAUGUGGAAAACGAGGCCCGAAUAAGUGUUGAUGCAUUUACAACUGAAAUGCAAAAUGAGAGACAGAAUUUUACCGAAGGGUAUGCUUCUCUUUACAUUUGGAAACAUCUUUUUUUUUUUAAAAUCAGUGGGUAACACUUUGCAGAACAGGCAACCUACUUUGAUUCCGGUUGUUGGUUAAUGUGUACGCUGAACUAAGUGCUCAAAGGUGAUGUAAAUGCUCAGACUGACUGGAAUAGAAGAGUCCAACCUGGUACUUUUUAGCAAGAACUUGCUCUUGAGCCAUGAGGCUCUCUGGAUGUAACCCUAGCAUUUGCCUUCUUUUUUCAUUUUUAGUUGAGGAGAUAACCUCGGGGAGACAUUAUGUGAGGUUCACUAACACCUUUAGCUCUCAUCUCUGCUUUGUGCCUUUAUGCUGGCAGGAAAGGGCAAAUGCCCCCUUGGAUUAAUUCACUGCCACCAACCCAAACCCACCAGGACAGUGAAGGGCUGGGGGAGCGUGAGCUGUGAAGGAUCUCUGGCGAGCCAUUAGAGUAGAAAUCUGUCCUUCUGUCAGAAAACCUACAUGUGUGACUGACCACAGGGAACUCCAAGACUUUAAAAGCUAUGAUUCGGUUUUUAGCCUCGUAGUCACUACUCGUGGGUGGCCAGUGUGGAAAUAAUGGUGGAAAUCUAGUCUUCUCAUUCACCACUUUCUCCAUAAAACAGUUCUACUGAUUUCUUCCGGCUGACAUUUCCUCAUCCCGUGGCCCAUCUAGAGUCAUUAAAAUGAAUUUGGUAAUUUUUUUUUUUUUAACCUGGCAUAGUUGAAAUGACCUCAUAGCCAUUUUCUCUAACAUGAAAUACCUCUGAUUUUUCUGGGUUUUAUCAGGACGAUUCUUCCUUUCAUCCACCUCCCUAGGCGACAGUCUGGCUACGGCCUACAUGAAGUACACAUUCUUCGUUAGGUGACACGGGCCGAAAAUUAUAGCAGGGACUCAAAAUGUGAGUUUGAUGUUUUUUAUGCUCUACCGUUUUCCUCAUCUGUAAUUGUUUGUUAGUUUUUAUUUCUCCUUGUAGACUUGUAAGCUCCUUGAGGGUAGGGAUCAUUUUUAAUCAAGUCUGUUGUACUGUACCCUUCCACAGCGCUUAGUACAGUGCUGUGCACACAGGAAGCGCUCGGUAUUUAUACGGCUGAUCGAUUGAUGGAGCAGAAGGGGGAGGAAGCGGGCUCUCAAGGCCAUUGCUGCAACCAAGGUUUAUACUGCACUGGUGCCUGUGUGUGUAUGAAGGAGAGAGUGUUUUUGCGUGUGUGUGUAUGUGUGACAGUGUGCACGGGAGUGGGGGGCUGAUUAGCUUGUAUCUACUCCAGCAGGUAGAAGUGCUUGACACAUAGUAAGUGCUAAACAACUACCACCAUCAUCACCAAAUGCAUAAAAGUGAAUGUAUCUAGGAAAGUGUGCAUAUGGGGUGUGUGUGUGUGUUUCUCUGCCUCUCCUCUAGCUUGUCCUUUAAUGCCUUUCCCCACAACAGCAUAAGAAAUGAGUAAAGACGGUCCCGCUGGGAAUUUCAUUCAAUUUACUAUGUUCUUGGCUCUCUGGGACACGACUCGCAUCCGUGCGGUUAGGAGGCUUGGUGAAUGAUGCCGGACGAUUGGUGGGCAGACAAGGACGACCGCACAUUACAACAAAAUACUUCGCAGAAUGUACACAUCUGGCGUGGGAUUCCGUUACUGGAGAAAAAUCCAAGGAGGUCAAAUGUUUAAGUGCAGGGAAGAAACGUGCCUUUUAAAGAUGUAAUGUCAUUGCAUCACUGAUGUCUAGAAACUCGUUGCUGACCGGAAUCUGGACCCUCCCCUAUCAUUUUUUCUCUCUUUCCUAUUGUAAUUUCUGUCCUUCAUGUUUGCUUUGGGUGGCAAGAGGCUGCAAAGGCAGAAAGAAAAGACUGGCAAACCACCCUCUGCCACAGGGUAACUUCUAAGCAUGACAGCUUUGAGACCCAAGCAGAUUUGUAAGUGGGCCAGGUCCCUGUGGAGAUGGAAUGGACACUAGAACAGGAGUGGACCUUGCGUGAGGAUGGGACUGGCUGUCGUGCUUCAGUUUUUUUCCAGGACUAUUUGCCCCACUUUCUAGAAGUGAUUAAAAAAACCUACUGGGCAGGCAUAAUCUUCAAACCCAAAGGGACAGUUUUAGGAAUGCCUGAGAAACUCAGACUUUUUUUUCCCCCUCAAACUCUCACUCUCCUGACUUGCCCUUUGGUGUUUUUUUUUUUAAAAAAACCCAAAGUACUUUUAAUCUCUACCUUAAGCACAAAGUCGGGAGUAAAGCUCACCGCUUUUGUUCUAGUUUGCUUAUUGCUAAGCAUGGAAUGGGGUUGUGAAUUUUCCUAUUAUAAUACUGGGCUGAAUGCAUCCGUGUCAACGACUUGCCUUAGCUUAUGAAAUAAAACUUGUUACUAAGAAAGAUGUCA